UCUUGUACCCACUCCGCAGACUGUGGGUGCAUUGAUUGUCCGAGCCUUGAGACGCGACUCGUUGGAAAUAUUAAGGAUGGCAGUGGCAUUCGCAUUAUUGACGCAGCUAUUCUUGUGCUUGAUUAAUAUGGAGUUCCGGACAGCGGCAUCAGAGCAAGCGCUAAAAGGCGCUCUGGACGGCGACGAGUCAACAGCUAAUCAAGCCGCUGACACCUCGGCUCGGGACAUGGUUUCAGUGCACAUGUUCAAACUUUAUGACAAAUACAACCGGGAACUCAACCGCCCGAGAGAUGGAAAUACUGUCAGAAGUUUCAAGGCAAACCCAGAAAUAGUGGAGCGGAAGAUCUUGUACCAUUUUAACCUGACGUCCGUACAGGAGUCGGAGGUGAUUCUCGCCGCCACCUUCCACUUCCUGGACAAGCGUCCGAGGCCGAGGUCUGGCCUCUGCAAGCGCCUGAAGAGUGCCUCCUGCCGCCUGCAGCACCUCCACCAGCUCCCCUCCCUGCGCCUCCUCUUCAGAGGGGCGUCCCCCAACAUGGGGUUCGGGCCCCUGCUGGGGAACGUCACCGUGUUUCCCCAGCGGAGGGGCGACUGGCAGGCGAAGGACGUGACGCAGGUCAUGAAAGGGGCGAGGAGCGCCGACCGGCUCUUGGUCACGGCCGAGUUCGAUCUCGGCGGGAAGUACCAGCGGUACCAGGAGCGCCCGUCCCCGGCGAACCUGCCGUACGUGCUGGUGCACGCCAACGACCUGUCGAUAUCGGAGCCCAACAGCGUGGCGGCCACCCUGCAGCGCUACGACCCGUCUCCGGCGAAGACGGGGGAGGCCGCGCCCUCGACGAACUCGUCCCCGGACCCCCGGGUCAAACGGGACGCGGGUCGCGUCCGGGACCCCGUCGGGAACAACGAGCUCCCGGAGGUGGAGUACAACGCUUUCAAGGACGGGCUGUGGGAAAGCACUUACCUGGCGCUGAAGCCGAAGGCUUUGAAGAAGGAGCGGCGGAGGAAGGCCCAGGAGAAGGGUGACGGAUUCGGCCGGUCCCAGGUCCUCAGCUUUGACGAGAAAACCAUGAAGAAGGCGCGGCGGAGGCAGUGGAGCGAGCCCCUCGUCUGCUCCCGGCGGUACCUCAAGGUGGACUUCGCCGACAUCGGCUGGAGCGAGUGGGUCCUCUCCCCCAAAUCGUUUGACGCUUAUUACUGCGCCGGGACCUGCGACUUCCCCAUGGCCAAGGUCGUCCGGCCGUCCAAUCACGCCACGAUCCAGAGCAUCGUGAGGGCGGUGGGCAUCGUCCCGGGGAUCCCGGAGCCCUGCUGCGUCCCCGAAAAGACGAACCCCCUGUGCGUCCUCUUCCGGGACGAGAGCAGAAACCUGGCGCUGAAGAUCUACCCCGGCAUGUCUGUUGAGACGUGCGCCUGCAGAUAA